AUGGCUGCAUCAAGACUUAUUUCAGUUUCCAAAAAACUUAACAAGCCCUUUUCUCCAACCCCUUCUCCACUAAAAUAUUUUAAGCUCUCUUUACUUGAUCAAGUCCUUGGUAAUAUGUACAUGCCUUUGGCCUUCUUUUAUCCUAAAAAACCUGCCCAAAUAUCUCAAAUUCUUGAGACUUCUCUGUCAAAAUUUUUGACUUCUUACUAUCCAUUUGCCGGAAGACUUAGAGAUAACAUCUUUAUUGAUUGUAAUGACAAGGAAGCUAGACUCAUAAACGUUCAUUACGAUUGUCCCAUGUCUGAAAACGUCAAUCUUCCUGACACCGGUCCUAAAUAUUUACCUUUCGCCAAAGGUAUGACAUGGAACCAUAGUGCGGAUGAAGAUAGUUUAGUUGUGGCUCAAUUAAGCAACUUUGAUUGUGGAGGAAUAGCCAUAAGUGCAUGCAUAUCGCACAAGCUUGGCGAUGCAUCCACUUUAUGCAAAUUUAUGAGUAAUUGGGCUAUCACAACAAAAUUUAUAGGCAUGAAAGGUCCAUCACCUAUGUUAAUUGGUUCAUCAAUUUUCCCUCCAAGUAAAAAUGUUCCUUUAACCAAACCUAUGAUUGCGUCCCAAAUACAACUUACAACAACUAAUAGGUACCUUUUCUCUUCUUCAAAGCUUAAUGCCCUCAAGGCCAUGAUAUCAUCUCAAUCAGGUGUACAAAAUCCUUCUCGAGUCGAAGUAGCCUCAGCACUACUACACAAGUGUGCUAUAGCAGCUUCAAAAACGACUUCGGGCUCAUUUAAAUCAUCCAUUUUAAACCAAUUUGCUAAUUUGCGAUCAAGAAUGGUGCCACCUCUUCCACAAAGCUCAGUUGGUAACAUUAUCUCAAGCAUGUCUAUUCUAACAACUAAAGAAGAAGAUGUGACACUAGCAAGUGUUUUCAAAGAGUUAAGAAAGGAGAAAGAAAUAUUCAAGAAAAAGGAUCCCAUUAAAGAGAAUCAGCUAUUGUCAGCACUAGGGAACUUUGACAAGCAACAAGAAAUGCCAUCAAGUGCUUAG